AUGGUACUUGAUUAUUUUCCAGAUUAUCUUACGUACUUCUUUAUGAAGAUCAUCAUACUUUUGAGUCUUUUAGCCGGUGUACUUGGGCAACUCUUCCCAAGUUGGAGCUUCACUCCCGAGGACGGUGAACGAGAUUUUCACAAAUAUGACUUAAACAGCGAUGGCUUUUGGCAACUAAGGGAGUUGCUGCACGUAUUCGACAGCUUUGACAUUAAUGGAGAUCGUUUUGUGACAAUGGAUGAGGUAAACCGUUUUCUACCGUCUGGAUAUCCCCAAAGAGAACUCCAAGGUAUGUUCAAGUACUGCGAACAGGAUGGACGGCACGAAACGAUGACAAGAUUGCUCGGAGAAGUGUCAACAACAUUUUUGACAUUUUUGACUCUCGAUGGUGAGUGUGAUCAGGUAAACGAGGUGGUUCAUUUGCAGAAUUUCAAAGGAACAUCCAAUGGUAACGUACAAUGA